ACUAUCCUUUUAAUUACUCAUCACUACAUUCCAAUCACUCUCUCCGCAAAUGGCCACCAUAAAUUCCGGCAACAAAACCACCAGAUCACACUCUCACCACCACACCUCCUUCACCCGAGUUCACCACUUCGCCGCCCUAGCACUCGUCGCCGCCACCUUCUUCCUCACCAGACUCUUCGACCACUCUAUUUCCCCCUGCUCCGAUGCCAAUCUCUACACCACCCCCGACGACACCGUUCGAUCCCGAGGCUAUGCUAAUUUAAAGAUCUAUGUGUACGACAAGGACGAGAUCGACGGCUUGCAGCUGCUCCUGUCCGGACGCGAUGGGAAGAUUUCUGCCGACGCUUGCGUUAAAGGCCAAUGGGGCACUCAGGUUAAAAUACAUAGGUUGCUGUUGCAGUCAACAUAUCGGACUAGAAAGAAAGAGGAAGCAGAUUUGUUCUUUGUUCCAUCUUAUGUUAAAUGUGUUCGAAUGAUGGGUGGGCUGAAUGACAAAGAGAUCAACCAAACUUAUGUCAAGGUUUUAAGUCAAAUGCCAUAUUUCAGGUUAUCUGGUGGCCGCAACCAUAUUUUUGUAUUCCCAAGCGGUGCUGGAGCUCACUUGUUCAAGUCUUGGGCUACAUAUAUAAAUCGUUCCAUAAUUCUGACUCCGGAGGGUGACCGGACUGAUAAGCGAGCCAUUAGUGCCUUCAAUACAUGGAAAGAUAUUAUCAUACCCGGUAAUAUUGAUGAUGGGAUGACAAUUAAUAAUCCAAGGCUUGUUGAUCCUUUGCCUUUAUCAAAGAGAAAAUAUUUGGCAAAUUACUUAGGUCGAGCACAAGGAAAGAUUGGUCGUCUUCGAUUGAUAGAACUUGCAAAGGAAUAUCCUGAUAAGUUGGAAUCUCCAGUGUUGAAAUUCAGUGGCCCAGAAAAACUUGGGAAGAGGGAUUACUUUCUACAUCUGCUAAAUGCAAAAUUCUGCCUUGCUCCACGUGGAGAGUCAUCGUGGACACUUCGCUUCUACGAGUCAUUCUUUGUGGAGUGUGUCCCGGUUAUCCUAUCGGAUCAGGUAGAGCUACCUUUCCAGGAUGUAGUCGACUACUCCCAGAUAUCAAUCAAAUGGCCAUCCACUCGGACAGGGAAAGAACUUUUGGAUUACUUGGAAUCGAUUUCAGAUAAUGAGAUAGAAGAAAUGAUCGCCCGAGGGCGGAGAGUGAGGUGCUUAUGGGUGUAUGCUACAGAAUCGAAAUCAUGCUCGGCUUUCAGUGGAAUUCUUGGGGAGCUUCAGAAGAAAGUGAGGCAAUUCCAUCAGUCAGUAGAGACGUUUUGGCUGCAUAAUGGAAGUUUAGUGAGUAGAGAUUUGGUGGAGUUCAGCAAAUGGAAACCACCCAUGCCAUUGCCUUAAUUUUAUGGUAAAUAUCCUUUUUUUGUUUUUCUCUAGGGUUCGUUACACUUUCUUCACAUCCAUAUUCACCUUCGCCAGGAAAAGAAAAAAACAACAAAGCCUAGAAGUAUUUGUUUUAAUAGAUUUUUAUAGUAGUUCUAUUUUUUUUUAUGUUUAUGCAAGUCCUAACAUUUGUGUACUCCAUGUCCAGAAAUCAUUUCUUUUCAUCUAUCCCACAAAAUUAACUUUUAUAGCCUA